AUGCAAUUUGUACGCAAGGCCGAAGAAGCCCUGACAGGCAAGAAAGAUGAGUCGCAUGAGUCGACUCAGUCUUCCAACAAUGGACCUCACUCGUCCAACUUGGCCAACAAGCUUGACCCCCGUGUUGACAGUGACCGUGACAACCGCGCGGCCCACACUGAUGUCGACGACAAGCAUAUCAGCACUUCCAAGAACUAUGGCCAAGGCACUUCUGGAACAACCACCACUGCUGGCACCCACGAUCUUGGAGACAAAAGCCACAGCUCAGCUCUUGGCUCGACUACUCAUGGCACCAACAAGCCUGUGACCGGCGCUGAAGCUACCACAUACGGCAGCAGCAGUACCAACGCAGGACCUCACAGCUCGAACAUCGCUAACAAGGCUGAUCCCCGCGUUGAUUCUGAUCGUGACCCCCGUAGCCGCCACGAGCAUGUCACCGAUGUUGGAUCAACUGGAGCAACCCACGGCACCAGCACCAACACAGGACCUCACAGCUCGAACAUCGCCAACAAGGCUGAUCCCCGCGUUGAUUCUGAUCGUGACCACCGCAACCGCCAUGAGCAUGUCACCGAUGUUGGAACUACAGGAGCAAUCCACGGCACCAGCACCAACGUAGGUCCCCACGACACCAAAGCCGCCAACAAGCUCGACCCUCGCAUCGACUCAGACCGCGACAAUCGCGCCCUCCUCUCUGGAGCCGGUACCGCCCCUGCUCUCGGUUCCACGCAUGGAACUCACGGCCCCAGCUCGACCAUAGGCUCUACCAUUGACCCCCUAACCGGUACCGGGGCUGCCCACAGCACCAAUGCCGGCCCCCAUGACACCAACCUCGCCAACAAGCUUGAUCCCCGUAUCGACUCGGAUCUCGACGCCCAGGCUAGACACCAGUCUCUUUCUGGUAUUGGUGCUGGCACUGUCACUCACGGUUCUCACUCCCGUGACACGGCUUCGGGUCUGGCUCCUGACCAGGGCCUUGCUGGUAGCAGUUACAACACUCCGACUGGAACUGCUACGCGCACUUCUGGCACUACUGCUACGGCUGGUCCUCAUGACUCAAGCAUUGCGAACAAGCUUGAUCCAACUGUGGAAUCGCAUGUUCCUGCCGACAGUGCCCAGCGAAAGAUCUAA